AUGCCCGCCCUCAUCACCAGCGACUACGCUACUGUCUCCGAUGGCUCCACCAUCUGGGUCUAUUACCAGAACGAUGCCAAUGAGCUUCGUGAGGUGACCUCCUCGGAUGGAUCCAAAUGGACUGAGACUUCCAGCGCUGUCGCCGACAAGCUCAAUGCCGGUGGUUCUCCUAUCACUGCCUACUACGUCAAGAACGACGGUACUGCGGGAGGCAAGUCUUCGGUUCAUGUCAUCUACAUCGACGCAUCUGGGAUCCUUCACGAGAUGGUCAAGACUCCUCUUGACAACCAAAAAUGGAAGGAACGCGAGCUGUCGGAUGAUAUCAAAAAGGCACCCAUUCAGACAUCUCGUCUCACCAGUGGUGUCUGUCAUGACACUGCCCCUGGCGCUCACCAGUGGAUCUUCUUCGAAAAAUUGGACUCAGAAUCCGGCAGUCCUCAAAUCGCCGAGCUCCGCAGCGGCUCCGAGAGCAGCUUCAAAUGGACCUAUCAAGUCAUCCUCCCGGAGAAGCCGGCCAGCGCUCUCCCCGGUACCCAGCUAGCCACUAACAUCACCAAUCCCGCCAACCAUCUGUUCUUCCAGGACCACGAAGGCGACGUUGCUGAGUAUAUCGGUGGUUAUGAUAGUUGGAACGACCACGCCGAAAUCCUCACCAACGACAAAGUAGAAAUCAACACCCCCAUCUCCGCGGCUAACUCUAGUGUCCCGGAAAAGCCGUAUGUCUUUUACGUGUCCCGGACCACGCCGCUGACCAUCAUGUGUUACGACCACGACAAGUCGACGUCGACUGAGGUCGGGAAGUACUUCCCGGGUACGAACUUGGAUGCGAUUACUGUGCAGGAAAAGGUGUUGUUGGUGCACAAGCCGCUCGAGAAACGGGGUGCGGUCUGGACUAGGGUUUUUGAUGGGAAGGAGUGGGGGAUGGGGGCGCAGGUUGUUGCUUAG